UUUUAGAUAAUGAAUGGUUACAAUGCUGGAAACGAUGAUGAUAAAACAGGACAUGGUCAGAUCUGCUGUCUUGUGGACAACGGCUCAAGAUGUGCAAGACCCGCAGCAAACGCUUGCUACAAUAAACGCAUACAAAAGAUUGUCACACAGAAAAAACUUAAACUUUAUCUCGACAAUAGUGUCCGACACAUUUACAUCUGUGACUACCACAAGGGCGUCAUUCAGAGCAUGCGUAGCAAGCGGAAGCGAAGAGACAGUGAUGAUGGCUCCGGUUCCCCGGAUCACGAAAAUGAUCUUCCAGAGAUUGACCUGUUUCAACUUCCUGUGAACACAUUACGUCGUUACAAAAGGCACUUCAAAAUUCCAACACAGCCAGGCCUGAGCAAGUCUCAGCUUGCUGAUAGUCUCAUGAAGCAUUUCCGCACGAUACCUGUGGUAGAGAAGGAAGCCCUUACAUACUUUAUUUACAUGGUGAAGAGUCACAAGAGCAAGCUAGACAACAAGCCAGGUGAUUCGGCAUCGUACACCUAGUGGUUGUGUGAGGCAACCUAUGAGAUUAUAGAUGUUAUACAUCAUUGUGAAUGUUCUGAACGUGUCUAUUAUUUUGUGUGUGUUUCUACGUACGUAGGAUCUGCAGUUUUAAAAAAAUGUAAAAGGGGAAAAUUAUGGCAGAGUCACUUUUAUCAUUAAUAAGGCAUUAUUAAGGGGGUUUGUUGCUUUAUUGACAUUUUGGAACUGUGUAUAUUUUUUUCAGAGACGGACAUACAUUGACAGAAAAUUUUGUCUUCGUACCUACUUGUCUAUAUCGUGUAUCUCACAGUUGGUCAAAUAUAAUGAUUGAUGAAAUACCCCUGAAAAUCGGAUUAUAAAUAUUAAAAAGUGUUUUAUUCCCCACUUUAAUGUCUAUUUAUUAUUUUCAGUUGAAUAAAAUCUGAAAUUCUAUUAGAAUA